AUGUACCAACAUGAUGCCGGUAUUUGUAAAAAAUAUUCUAAUAUUCUUGAACCGAAAAUUUUCCGUUUCAGGUCAGACGUUCAUCGCUGCUCCUACUUACCUCCGUUCCUAAGUAAAGAGUGUGACGUGGAGGUUAAAAAAUGUACUCCACAGUUUGCUUAUAAUAUUCACCGGGAGCUGCGGAUCAUAGUUCAGGCUCCGGUUGCAGGCUUUACUCAGUGUCUGUGGCAAUACAAGUGUCGUUCUGGAGGCUAUGGAUCACAAAUAUGUGGAUUAGGCGAUACUUGUACCCAAAACAGACAAACUGUUCGUCUACUGUCCUUUAAUCUGGAGUCUCAGACCUUCUACUGUGAAGAUUUCUAUCAAUGCUGCGGAUGCCCUUGCGGACACUAGAAGUCGACUUUUUUGUUUACUCGAUUAAAUAGGUUUACCUAUUUGCAAGAUUAAAAGUUUUACAAUAAACAUGUUAUCAACUA